AUGGUUCAAAUGAUAACAGUGCUGGAGGUGGUGGAGCGCUUCCUGAGACUUACGCUGUCCUGGCCCGUGGGCCGCGGCCGCCUCGCGACCCUCCUCGGCGUGCACGUGCUGCCCUACUUCUUCGGCGUGACGGUGGUGCUGCCGCUGGCCUGCCUCGGGCUGCACUCGAGCACCAUGCAGCGCGUGGACCUCGUGAGCGACGCCGCGGCCACGAGCCUGUGCUUCUUCAAGCUGCGCUGCAUGCAGAGCCACGCCCGCACGUUGCUGGCAGCGCGCCACCUCCUGGAGGACCACUUCACCGCCCUGGAGCUGCCCGUGCAGGCCGAGGCGGCGGCCGCCAACGCACACUGCGCGCGCCGCACCAACCGCCUGGCCAAGGGCUACGUGCUGGUGUACUCGUCGCUGUCCAUUAGCGGGAUGGCCAUCAUGGGCCUGUCCGUGCUGAGCGGCGACCCGCGCGACAGGAAGCUCACCACCAGGACGCCGGAGGCGGUGCUGCGCGAGGACUACCUCUUCUGGCCCUGCCUGCUGGGCAUCGGCGUCGAGCUGUACCUCUUCCCCAUAGCGACGGGAAUCUUCGACGCACUGUUCCUCACACUCUGCCUUCACAUAUCAUGCAAAUGCGACAUCCUCUGCCUUCUCCUUCGCCACUUUCGAAGUGGAAGAGAGGGAGCCCUUCGGGCGGUGGCCGACGUCCCCCCGAGCUCUGAGAGAGGAGCCGUCACGCGUGCGCAAGACUGCGUAGUGUACCAUCAACUCAUCAUCAGGUUACAUCACAUGACGGAAAGUAUUUUCUUUAGAGUGACGCUGCUCCAGACGAUAUACAUUCUGAUCGGGGUCGGGACACCCAUCUUGCGGAUCACCAAUGGGACCCUUAGCGACGAUCCAUACAAACUGACAUUCGCUUUGGCUUAUGCGUGCUGGAACAUUUGUCAGUUGCUCACAUUCUGCUGGUUCGGCGACAUAGUGGCAGAAAAGACGGCGAACCUGUCCGAGGAGGCGUCUGCAGCCUUCGAGCCGUCGCUGGGGACGCGCGGGCGCGGGGCCGGGGCGGACGGCGUCUGCCUGCACCUCAUGAUCCUCCGCGCGCAGCGGCCGCUGUACCUGACGGCCGGCCGCUUCAUCAACCUCACGCUCAGGCUCUGCCUAGACAUCAUGAAACGUUCCUACUCUCUGUACUCGGCUUUGAAUCGGUUGAAGUAGUGCAGUCAAGUCAGGACUAGGGUCUCCCGCCGAACAGAGAGCUCACUGUGCACUCGCCCACUGGAAACUGAAUUUAAUUUCUUUAGAACGACAGUGGAAACAAGCCCUAAAGUAUUUUGCUUUCAAGAUUCUUGAUUACUGCUGUCGUAUCUUGUCGGUCUAUCAAAGCCAAUCAAGGCCUUCCCCAAAUUAAUCCUUGUCUUGAUUGUGGUCAGCUAAGCAGAGUAAGGAUGAAAUGAAA